AUGAUUGGUGUAAAACGUCGAAGAUGCGUACAUCUGCUCUUCUUUAUAUGCGUGCUGGUUGCGAUAUCAUCCUUCUCUUCCUCGUUCACGAUUCCUGAGGAAGAAGAAAUAGGGGAAGGGAAGAAGUUAAGAGACAAUAAUCAAUUUGAGGAUUUAAAGGAAAGAUACGGUCAUAGGAGCAGUAGCGACAGUAAUCUCAUAUUUUACACCAUCGGCGAUUGGGGCGUUCGUGGUAUUGAUGGUAUUGAUGGUGGCAAAAACUUUCCAGGAUCUGCGCAAAUGGCCGUCGCGCAGCAAAUGAAACUAUUGGCCGAGAAUGUGCAACCACAGUUUGUGGCCACUCUAGGGGAUAACUUCUACGGCGCGGGCGUUGGUUCUCUGGAAGACAGACAAUGGGACUAUAAAUACGAACAAGUUUAUUUGAAGAAUAAUAGUAGUUUGCGCUCGACGAGGUGGUUUGCGAGUCUUGGUGACCACGACCAUUGCGGCAACGUCCAAGCUCAGAUUGAUUACCACUCGGCGAAAAACUACCUUUGGCAUCUGGGCAAAGCCAAAACUCCUUAUUAUCACAAAGAGUUUAGAAUAGGGGGUGGAAGUAGCACUAGCGAUAGCGAUAAUAUUAGCGACGAGAUGCAGUUAAUUGUAGUAGAUUGGGUGGGGUUAGAAGGUUUGCUUGCAGGUAAAGAGAAACGACGGUUCGAAGACCAGCUCGGCGAUUUCGCCUCUGCCGAAGCGGGCGAAGAACAAUUCAACUGGCUAAAACGAGUGCUCGAAAGAGGACACGGAAAGUACCGAUGGAGAGUUGUUACGGCUCAUAGACCUAUAAUCUCGGCUAGUUCCAGAUUUGCACACGACAACGUGGCGUAUCCGGGUGAGUCGUCGACACGAGAGGCGUUGCGAGUUCUCCUUGAAAAUUCCGACGUAGAUGUGUACCUCAACGGCCACGAUCACACGGCCCAACACGCGUGUACACAAAGAGACGAUUUUAACGGCAAGAAUAAGCUGACGCAUUACAUUACAAACGGAAUAGGAGGUUAUGAACUUCACCAUCUCGUAGAUAAUGACAAACGACCAAUUGAAACUCUCGAUGCGAAGAAUACUUUUCACGGAUUUGCUAUGCACAGCGUAACGAAAGAUAAAUUCGAUACUGUGUUCAUCGGUCACGAUGGCAAAGUAGAAUUGGAGUUGUCGUUCGAUAAAACGCAACAGCGAUGUAAUUGA